GUAGUGGAUCAUCUAUUACUCACUAUUAAGUUGGGUGAACGAAUUUGAGCAGUUGCAAUAACAGCUUGAUCUAAAAUAUUUACAAAUUCGCUUAGAUUUUGCAUCCUAUUUUGUAAAAUUAAAAUAUACAUCCUAUAUGCGAAUCGUGUCAAGAAGUUGAGGCCGUUUAACCAAUUCAAAUAAAGUGAGCCGCCUGCCUUGUGAUGGCAACACCACCAGAUACGCCGAUAGAAGAGGUGGUGUACGAAUUGGAGCCCUCUCGGAUACCUAAACCUGUUCCCGUGGCCCUCGAGGAUCUUUGUCGCCAGACAAAGUUCACUCGGCAAGAAAUUCGCGUCAUGUACCGCGGAUUUAAAACUGAGUGUCCCGAGGGCGUUGUACAUGAAGAUUGUUUCAAAGAUAUUUAUGCAAAAUUUUUUCCUCAUGGAAAUUCUACAUUAUAUGCGCAUUACGUUUUCAGAGCUUUUGACGUAAAUUGCAAUGGUGCUAUUAGUUUCCGAGAUUUGCUGGUUACUUUGUCAACGUUACUACGAGGCUCAGUGUAUGAAAGACUACGAUGGACCUUCAAAUUAUAUGAUCUAAAUGGUGAUGGAUGCAUAUCACAUGGCGAAUUAGGUGAAGUGGUAGCAGCGAUACAUGAAUUACUUGGGAGGCGAGUCCAUCAACUGGAAGAUGAUCGCAAAGCGAGGGAACAGGUGGACAAAGUAUUCCAAAAAUUAGAUCUGAACCAGGAUGGCGUAAUAACAAUCGAAGAAUUUCUUGAGGCGUGUCUAAAAGAUGAACUCGUAACAAGAUCAUUGCAGGUGUUUGAUCAGGGCCUAUGAUGAAACUGGGAAACCAGUACAACCCAGGAAGGUGUUAUAAAUUUCGACGUGAAUUGCAUAAGGACUUCCACCAACGGUGACACGUGGACAAAAAAUAAAUAUAACAUGACGAUGCUGUAAUUUACUGGAAAAAUCUGUCUUCGGCAACUGGUUCUUAGGUAAUUAAAAAUUAUGUAUAGACGUAUUUGGCCGCACUUAGAAAAAAUGUACGUUUUCAGUUGUUUAAUAAUUAUUUCAUACAAACGAAUAAUCCGUUCAUCGCACCAAGAUCUAUCAUCGGCUUGAAAUGACUGUGAAAUACAAGAUGAAUCAACUGACUGUAAGUUAUUACGUUUUAGACUAUAAAAAAUUAUAUUAUAUUGUUAUGAAUAUUAGAAAAAUUAUAUGGUUAUAAAUACUAGAAAUAUUUAAAACUUUAAAUGUGGCAAAAAACAUUUACAAUGUGCAUGAUAGAUAAUAUUUUGAGAAAAUACAAUUUUAAAGAAAAGAACGAAAACAAAAAUGUAAAAGAAAUGAUCAAAUAAAAUA